GUCCAUGCACGUCAGUCUCCGUGUGUCUUCCUAAUUUUGAGAUGGCACGGAGACAUUUACAGAAUUUAAACAGGUGCUGCAUGUGGUUGGGCCUGUAGCCUGAGCUCUGUAGUACAGACUCCAGCCUGGUUCUGCUGCUGGUUCUGGUCGCUCCUCGGUCCCAGCCCAGUCUUCCCUAUGCUAACCCUUCUUAGCAUGUUUUACUAUAUCUGUCUACGGCGCCGGUCCAGGAGCGGAACCCGCGGUGAGGUUCUGAACAGCCGGCGGGCCGUCGAGUCGGGCCAGCGAGCGCUGCCCCUGAGCGUGGAGGUGGAGCAGUACGUCAAGGAGGUUCUGGACUUCAGCUCGCACUAUGGGAGUGAGAACAGCAUGUCCUACACCAUGUGGAACCUGGCUGGCCUGCCCAACGUCUACCCCAGUUCGGGGGACUUCACUCAGACGGCUGUGUUCCGGGUCUACGGAACCUGGUGGGAACAGUGCUCCAGUGCGCCCCAGCCUUUCCGCAGGACGCCGCAGUCCUUCUACAGCCAGGACUACAUUGAGGUGGCCUUUGAGGAGCCUGUAUAUCCCACAGCCCUGGAGGUUCUGGAGACGUACAACCCUGGGGGCAUUGUCCAGAUCCUCGCCUGCUCGCUGAACCCCUUCUCCCAGAAUCCACCGGUUGACAUCAGGUGGGAGGUGCUGUGGGCUGGUGAGCCCACCAAAGCCCUGAACCCUCAGGCCAGGCAGUUCUCACCCAGCAUCAAACAGAUUAACUUUGCCACCAACCUGAUCCGCCUGGAAGUGAACAGCUCCUUGCUGGAGUAUUACACCGAGCUGGACGCCGUCAUCCUGCGUGGGGUCAAGGAGCGGCCUGUCCUGGCUCUGUACAAGAUGCCCAUGAUUGACAUCAGCGACCUCAGCGACGGCGAGGAGGACAAGGAAGCAGAGCUGGCACUGCGCUGCAGACAGACUGGAAACGGGAAGCACAAUAUGGGCAAUGGCUACUUUGACAAGCUACCCUACGAGCUGAUCCAGUUGAUCAUCAGUCACCUGACUCUGCCGGACUUGUGUCGACUGGCGCAGACCUGCAAGCUCCUUCAGCAGCACUGCUGCGACCCUCUGCAGUACAUUCAGCUGAGCUUGCAGCCAUACUGGGCUCGCCUGAGCGACGCCUCGCUGGGCCACCUGCAGAAGCGCUGCUCCCUUAUACAGCGGCUGAACCUGUCCUGGACGGGGAACCGCGGGGCCCUCACCCUCACCGGCUUCUGCAGCUUCAUACGGGCAUGUGGGCAGGGACUGGUUUGUCUGGAGCUGUCCUGCUGCCACUUCCUGACAGAGUCGUGCUUGGAGACGAUUUCCCAGACCUGCACCGGCCUGCAGGAGCUCAACCUGUCAUCCUCCGACAGGCUCCGCCCCCAUGCAUUCAGUCACAUCGCGAAGCUGACACAGCUGCGGCGGCUGGUACUGUACCGCACCAAGGUGGAGCAAACGUCCAUCCUCAGCAUCCUCACUUUCUGCACUGAACUGAGGCACCUCAACCUGGGGAGCUGUGUGAUGAUCGAGGAUUACGACACAGUGGCCAGCAUGCUGGGAGCACGGUGCCCCUCCUUGCGCUCGCUGGAUCUCUGGCGCUGUAAGAACUUGACUGAGCGGGGCCUAGCUGACCUCGUGGCCGGAUGCCGUUUCCUGGAGGAGCUGGACUUGGGCUGGUGCUCCACCCUGCAGAGCAGCUCCGGAUGCUUUCAGAACCUCGCCCGGAAGCUGCCGCGGCUGCGCAAGCUGUUCCUCACUGCCAACCGCACCGUGUGCGACACUGAUGUCGAGGAGCUGGCCAACAACUGUUUUGCUUUGCAGCACCUCGACAUCCUGGGUACCUGUGGAAUUCUACAUUUGUUGUGGACAUGUUGUGCUCCAGGAACACGGAUGGUGAGCUCAGCAUCGUUGUGGAAGCUGCUUCGGUCCUGUCCCCAGCUGCUCCUGCUCGACGUCUCCUUCUGCUCACAGAUUGAUGCUCGCACUGUGCAGGACUUGGCUUCCCACUUUCCCAGAGUGGCCAUCAAGAAGAGCUUCACUCAGUGACCACCACAGUAAAAGUGCACUGUCGUUAUCACCAGUUCAUGGCUGAUCCCAGAGCAGGAGGUCCAGAACCAUGCAAGAAUACCACCCUUUUGAGGCUGAUCCCCAAGGGAUCACCUGAGCGGAUCUGCAAAGACGGGCUAAAGUUUGUGCAAUAACUUCAAAGCCCGGAAACGUGAUUGGUUUCACGUACCUCUGAGAGUGACACUUUAAAACUUUCCAGAUGGUUUUUUUUUUUUUCUCAAUUUUCUGCAAAAUGUGCAAUUGAAAAUUUAAAAUGCAAAACUCAGGGUAUUUUUUUUACUGUAUUUUUAAACCAGAGUAGCUGGUGAACCCUGUUCCCUCCUCCAGUGGGAGAAUUUGCUAAUUCUUGACUCUUUUCAUCAUGUUGUACUGUUCUAUGCAGAAAGAUGGUAAAUUGCAUAGCGUCAAGAAAGCUUAAUAUUUACAUUUCAUAUUUAAGCACUGAGGUUCCUGGAAAAAGGGGAAACCAUUCACAAGAUUGUUAAUGAUAUACAUUAACCCAGCUGUAUGUAAUGUGUAUAUUCUGUAUGAGUCUUGCAUGAUUAAGCUGGAGUGCAGGUGCUUUAUAACAAGUUCUUGUUUCCCUUCUGAUCAAAUACUUACAUGUGACAUAUUAUGGUGCCUUAAAUGUAGUAAUACGUGUUACAUAGUGCCGUAUAUUACAAAAACAUGUACACACCAGUCAUAACACCAAGCACUGAGAUGCUUCACACCACACUGCAGUACAUCAAAACAGCCACAAAAUCAAAACGUCAGAACAUACAGUACCUCGUUGAGCUAAACAUGAUUUAAUACAGACAAACAUCACCGUACGAUGGCACAACACAGUUCGCCGUAUACUGUACAACGAAGCAGCACAGAGUACUUAAAGCACUAGACAAAUAUGUCGCGUUAAAGAGCGCGGUAAAAACACGUUGCUCAAAUGCAGAGUGGUACAAACAUCACGUAAGCUGCUGCAGUGUAAUAGACUGAGGUGUGGAACAAAGCAUCUUUUUUUGUCCCGCCUACAUGCAAGGGCGUAUUAAGAGUGAAUUAAAAAGCAGCUGUUUCAAAUUAAUUUAUUGGUUUAGCAGAUGCUUUUCUCCAAAGUGACGUGCAGUGAUUAUUCGCUAGUAUUUAUGUGAUACCUUUAUCGAAGGCGACAGAGUGUUAGAUACAGGGCACUAAACUCCCUACAAUCAUUCACGCGUUUAUAUACCACAGUAAUGUAACACACACACAGCAAUUUAGAGUCACUAAAUCACCUGAAGCGCACACAAACACAAGGAUAACGUCACUUCUACGCAAACUGAACUGGAUUUGACUCCACAGCACAGGAGCUUGGAGACACCAGUGCUAUCUGCUGUGCCACUUUUUUUUUACACUGCAAAGAUAUGUUGUUUUCUUGUUUGCUGUCAAGUUAAAACAAACAACUGCAUAAUGUCUUCUGGGGUGUAGAAGUGGAUGGAUCAAACUCCACACACCAACACCAAGGCAAAUGUGACUGCAGACACAUGAAUGCGAAGCAUGCCGGCUUAUACACACCAAUAUCCGUAGCUUAUAUCUAAUUUUUUAAUUCAUGGAUAUAGAGGUAGAUUUAUUUCUGAUUUGAAAUGGACAGUGACUUAUUUAUUUAUAUGUUUUUUAAACUGAAACAGUUGCAUUUUGUGCUUUGGUUUUAUGGGACUCAGUGCUGCUUGUUGAUCUGAAACUGGUGUAUCCACAGACUCCUCGCAGAGCUCAGUGUUUUUUUCUCAGCUCGGAAAAAAACAGAUUCUUGUUUCUGUCCACCUGGUAUUAAUAAAGUGAAAGAUAACGGAUGAAUCCAGCCAUGUUGCGGAUACCUGCUGACCUGGCUUCCCUCAGUCACUAGCACCAUCGAAGGUCUCCGCAGCUGGUUUCAUACUUCGGAAGA